UUACUGCUAGAACGGUAAUAAUACAACAGUCGUUCCGGACCUAUUCAGCUUUGCCCGAAAGAACCCAGGCCUCCGCUUUCCACACUCCCUCGCUCCAUCACCCUCCCAUACUCCCCAGUCCGAAACCCUAGAACGGAGGCGAAAAGCCUGAAAGUUUGAGACCCUUGGAUGCUCGGAUUCUGCGACUCUGAGGCGAUUUCACCAUGGGAGCGAGCCGGAAACUCCAGGGCGAGAUCGAUCGGGUCUUGAAGAAGGUCCAGGAGGGCGUCGAGGUCUUCGACAGCAUUUGGAACAAGGUUUAUGACACGGAGAACGCCAAUCAGAAGGAGAAAUUCGAAGCGGAUUUAAAGAAGGAGAUCAAGAAGCUGCAGCGAUAUCGAGAUCAGAUCAAGACAUGGAUCCAGUCGAGCGAGAUAAAGGACAAAAAGGUUAGUGCCUCUUAUGAGCAGGCUCUCAUGGAUGCUCGCAAGGUUAUUGAGCGUGAAAUGGAAAGGUUCAAGGUCUGUGAAAAGGAAACUAAAACAAAAGCCUUCUCCAAAGAAGGGUUGGGCCAACAACCGAAAACUGAUCCAAAAGAAAAGGCUAAGUCAGAGACAAGGGACUGGCUCAACAAUGUGGUUGGAGAUUUGGAAAGUCAGAUCGAUAACUUUGAAGCGGAGGUUGAAGGGCUUUCUGUAAAGAAAGGAAAGACAAGGCCACCUCGACUGACACAUUUGGAGACAUCUAUUUCAAGGCACAGGGCUCAUAUAAUAAAGCUGGAGUUGAUCUUGAGACUGUUAGAUAAUGAUGAGUUGAGUCCUGAUCAGGUCAAUGAUGUUAAAGAUUUUCUAGAAGACUAUGUUGAACGCAAUCAGGAGGAUUUUGAUGAAUUUAGUGAUGUCGAUGAGCUCUACAGCACUUUACCCUUGGAUAAAGUUGAAGCACUUGAAGAUUUGGUGUCACUUGGUCCUUCCAGUCUUGUUAAGGGUGUCAGUUCUGUUUCUGUUGCUACUGCGGUUUUAGGUUCGAAGAAUUCUGUUGCAACUUCCUCUACUCAGGCUGCUCUGUCAUCAACUGCCUCACAACAUACUGCUCAGGACCAAGGUGAAGAAACAGCUUCUCAGGACAGUAAUUCUGACACAGCUCCUAGAACACCACCUUCCAAAAGUGGAGCCAUGGGAUCUUUGGUAUCAGCAGCUUCCCCGAGUAUCAGUUCGGGGACACCUGCAGGUCUUACUUCUACUGCCACUUCUAAUGUUUCUGGAAGGCCCUUGGCUGGUGGGCCUACUGUUGCAGCUAUACUCUCUGGUCCACCAAGUGCUCGAGGUGUUACAGAUAACUCAUCUGCAGCUACGUCUGCAUCUAUUACUACAUCAAGUACCGUGAAGGAGGAUGAUAACAUGAUCUUCCCUGGUCGUAGAUCAUCUCCAGCCAUCCCUGAAAUUGGAAUUGGGAGAGGUAUUAGCCGAGGGAUAUCCAAUCAAGUACCCAUUACUGCUCCAAUAAGUUUAAGCUCUGGUAGUGCUGUUUCAGGCAAUGGAGCACUUGGUUCAGUUCCUGCAGUCUCUGAUUUGGCUAAGCGGAACAUGUUGAAUGUUGGAAGUGGCAGUCUUUCACAGCCAUUAGUUUCUCCUCUAAGUAACAGAAUCCUAUUGCAUCAGGCUUCAAAAACUAAUGAUGGAACUAAUUCAAAUGAUUCUAAUAGUGUUAGUGAGGGUGCAGUUAUUGGUGGAAGAGUCUUUUCACCUUCAGUUAGUGGAGUUCAAUGGAGACCUCCAAGUGCAACUUUUCAGAGUCAGAAUGAAACAGGACAGUUUCGUGGACGACUGGAGAUUGCUCCUGACCAGAGGGAGAAAUUUCUGCUGCGACUGCAACAAGUGCAGCAACAAGGCCACAGUCCCCUUCUUGGUGGUCCACAUGUUCCCAGUGCGAAUGACAAGCAAUUAUCUGCACAGCAGCAAAGUGUACUUUUACAACAGCUUAAUUCUCAAGGCUCUUCUAUUUCACCUCAAGUUGGUUUAGGACUUGGUGUUCAGGGACCAGGCCUUGUUUCUGUUUCAUCAGCCUCACAACAGCAGGCAACGUCAAUUCUACAACAAUCUUCCCCACAUCCUGUGAUUUCAACCGGACCAAAAGAUGGAGAUGCUGGACACCUGAAAGUAGAAGACCAGAACCUGCAGAAUUUGUCUGAUGAUCUGAAUAUUGAAACUGCCACAAGUUCUGCUUUCAACAAGACUGUUAAUGAUGAGGAGUUAAAGGCACCAUACAUGGGCACAGGUUCAUCCUCUUUGACUGAAGGUAAUCAGUUACCCAGAGAUACUGAUCUCUCACCUGGGCAACCAUUGCAACCCAGUCAGUCUUCAGCUAGCCUUGGUGUAAUUGGUCGAAGAAGUGUCUCUGACCUUGGUGCCAUUGGAGAUAACCUUGGUGGAUCAGCUGGGAAUUCUGGCGGAAUGCAUGAUCAAAUCUAUAACAUGCAGAUGCUUGAAGCUGCAUUUUACAAACUUCCUCAGCCCAAGGAUUCCGAACGUGUAAAGAGCUAUGUUCCGAGGCACCCUGCAGUGACUCCUGCUAGCUAUCCUCAAACUCAGGCUCCAAUCAUAGACAAUCCAGCCUUCUGGGAACGAAUGGGUUUUGAGGCGAUUGGCACUGAUACCUUCUUCUUCGCAUUUUACUAUCAACAGAACACUUACCCGCAAUACUUAGCUGCAAGGGAAUUGAAAAGGCAAUCAUGGAGAUAUCAUAAGAAAUAUAACACUUGGUUUCAACGGCAUGAGGAGCCAAAAGUUACAAAUGAUGAAUAUGAGAAGGGAACAUACGUGUACUUUGAUUUCCAUAUUGCAGAUGAUGGUUCCCAGCAUGGAUGGUGCCAAAGGAUUAAGACUGAGUUCACAUUUGAAUAUAAUUAUCUUGAGGAUGAGCUUGUUGUAUAGGCACACUGAACUGCAUUGUAUCAACAAAUUAAUUUCAUGUCUUUCACUCAUGAUCUAAGGGUUGUAAUUCUUUAAUGAUCGAAUUUUGGAACCAAGUUUUAUAGUCCAUCUCUUUUAGUUGAUCUA